CAUCUUAAAGAAAAUCUCGAAAAAAUGCUUCACAGAAAGUUAGGUGUACAUUUUGAUACAUUUUAUUCGGUGUUUUGGAAAUGUUGUAAUGCCUAUACUCCCGAAAGCUUUAAUUAUUAUUGGAACAAGUUAAUAGAGAAUUAUUUUGUAACACAGCAGUAUUUAGAAAGGUAUUUAUUUGGACGACAAAAAUCCUGGCCAAGAGGAUUUAUGGUGAUAUUGUUUACUUUGGGGAUUGAAUCAACUUUGUUUGUUGAGAGUAAAAACACAUGCAUUAAAUACCUUUUUGAAAGCAGUAAUAUGUCUCUUUGUGAUCUUGGAAAAGUCCUUAUGAAUCACGUCAAAGAUAAAGCAAGUGAGAAACAAUAUGAAGAAUUAAUUAGCAUUAGUGUUCCUUUGACUAUGAAUCAUAUAACAAUUUUUCUAGCAAUAGAAUCAGUUGUUAUACAUUAUCUGCGUCUGAAAGUUGCACAGUAUAUAAUUGGUCAAAUAAAGAAAUAUGUAUAUUACAUAGCAUACCUAUCUAAUAUCGAAGAAAUUGAAUAUAUGUCUACAGAUGAACUGUCUGAAAGUAAAAGGUUUGAAGAUGAACCAGAUAGUGUUCUUGCAUGUGCAUGGUUUCUUUUGCAUCAAUUGCACUAUGAUAGUAUUGUAGAAGUUUGGAAGAUUUCUCGAAUUACUGGACGCAAUAUAAAUCAUGUGAUUUUUUGUUUUGCAGAUAAAUCUUAUUGUUGUACCUGCUUAUUGCAACAAAAACUUGGGCUCGAUCAUGGAUUUAUUCAAGUAGUUGAAAAUUAUUUGGAUGAAGUGCGUAAACGUGAAGAAGAACUUACACAAGCAGGCGCAAUCAACUUAAAUGAUUCUAAUAAAGAGAAUACACAUUCAAGUAUUCAGCUUAGAAAUCUAUUAAAG